GCAUUAUUCUUUUGUGACCUGAGAACGAAGGGCGUUGUGCUUAGUGAUCAGAUAAUUUUCUAAUUCUGUGUUCGUUGUCGUGGGAAAAUAUAAUUGCUUUAACAAGAUGCCACUGCAGCUGACCAAGCCCGCGCCCCAGUUCAAGACCACGGCGGUCGUUAACGGGGAAUUCAAGGACAUCUCCUUGUCUGAUUACAAGGGCAAAUAUGUCGUGUUAUUCUUCUACCCAUUAGACUUUACGUUCGUGUGCCCGACCGAGAUAAUCGCGUUCUCUGAGCGCGCUGACGACUUCCGCAAGAUCAACUGCGAGGUGGUGGCUGCAUCCACAGACUCCCACUUCACACAUCUCGCCUGGAUCAACACCUCGCGCAAGCAAGGCGGACUGGGUCCUAUGAACAUUCCGAUACUGAGCGACAAGUCGCACAGCAUCUCGCGUGACUACGGCGUACUCAAUGAGGAGACAGGUGUACCCUUCCGUGGACUCUUCAUCAUCGAUGACAAGCAGAACCUGCGUCAGAUCACCGUCAACGAUCUGCCCGUCGGCAGAUCCGUGGACGAGACUCUCCGGCUGGUGCAAGCGUUCCAGUACACUGACAAGUACGGAGAAGUUUGUCCAGCAAACUGGCAGCCCGGAGCAAAGACCAUCAAACCUGACACCAAAGCUGCGCAGGAGUACUUUGUUGAUGCUAACUGAACAUCUGCACCACAUCUACACAUCUCCACAUCUCCGCACACACACACUUAUGUCUUAGACUGCCUUUGAAUCUAACAAUUUAGUCAUGUCUAUAUUUAAGAAUAAUUGUAGCAAUAGACAGGACGUUAUAAACCAAAUUGUGUACUUUUUUUU